AUGAACUCUGGAUAUACUUUGGUUAACUUCCGAGAUGAGGCUACUAGAGACAUUGUUCUGGAAACAGGGGUCAUCCAUUUUGACAAAAAACCGGUUGUCAUCAGACCGUGGACCACUGAUAUUGAUUCUUUGAAUUUGGUUAAGUCAGUCCCAAUAUGGAUUCGAUUAAAUGGACUAGGCCUUCAAUAUUGGGGUAAGAACACUCUAAGUGCUCUUGUAAGUACUGUGGGUAAACCAAUUAUGAUAGACAAAGUCACGAGUGAAAGAUCGAUGAUAAAAUUUGCUCGGGUGCUUGUGGAUAUGCCUAUACAAGAUAAACCCCCUUCAAGCAUUAGUUUCUUCAAUGAGAGGAAACAACUCACUGAACAACAAAUUGAAUAUGAAUGGCUUCCAACCUCUUGUGCAGCUUGUGGGUUACUUGGUCACAACAUUAGCACUUGUGCUAAAGAUAAAGGGCUGGUUUGGGUGAAAAAGAAUAAAACAGUUCAAGAAAAGAAGGGAAAAGAGGUAAACAAAAUAUCUAAUGAUCAUAAUUUUGCUCUGCCUACAGAGAAGACUUUAGAGAAAGAGGGAAAAAUGGCUAAGACUAUACAGGGGGAUAUAAAAGAAGGAUCAACAUUGGCUGAAUGUGAAGGUCAAUGGAUUACACCCCGAAGAAAGGGUAACAAAAAACAGACAGCGGGUAAUGGAGAAACAACUGAGAUGCAGAAAGCCACAUCAAGCAACACUUAUGAGGUCCUCCAAGAACCUUUGGAUGAGAUUGAUCCGUUAAACAACUCUAUGCUGGAUGGAGUGGUGUAA